AUGUUCUUGGCCCGCAAAGCAGUUAAUGAACUCGGCACAGAGGAUGGAUCUGAGGAUGUUGCUAGUCAAGACGAGUGGCGCGAUGCCCUGCUUGCCCUCUUGCGGACGCUUCCUGGCUCAAGCUCUAGAACCCCGGAAACUCUCGUCUCUGCCGGUAUCAUCCGACUGUUUGUCGAUGUUUUGAACCUUCGAACUGAGAAGGCUCGCCGCGUAUACUCGCGUACCAUCGAGUUCCUUGAUACUUUCGUCCAUGCAGUUCGGGAUGCUCUUGGAACUCUUACGGCCGCCAAAGGUUUUGAUGCCAUUUCUGAUCUGAUCGAAUACGAAACAAAAACGGCCUUUGAGAACGUCUCAAAGGGCUUGGGUAUUCCUUCUCGUCACAAAACUCCAUCGAUGGAUUACCAGAUCCCGUAUUUCCAGCAACAGACCCUUAGAUGGAUGUUCCGAUUCGUCAAUCACAUCAUGCAACAUGCCCAUGGUGGUUUUGACCGUGUUCUUCGAAACCUGAUCGAUUCUCCACAGCUGCUGACGUCCCUAAAGUUGGUUUUCGAGAAUGCUCGGGUAUAUGGUUCCCACGUUUGGAGCAACGCGGUCAACAUCCUCAGCAGCUUCAUCCACAACGAACCUACUAGCUAUGGGGUCAUCGCUGAAGCGGGCUUGAGCAAGGCUCUCUUACAGGCCGUCAUGCAAUCUGAACUUAAGGUCCAAGAGAAACUGACUGCUGAACCUGAAGAGACUGGAGCCGAGGGCGCCGCAGCUCAGGGCGAAGCUCCAUCUGAGCCUGCGGCUGUCGUACCUACCCAGUCGACAGGCGUGCGUGAAAGGUCUCGUGAAUAUCCUCUUGUUCGACCUAAGGGGAUGCAGCUUGCACCUGGAAUCUUGACUGCCCCAGAGGCUUUAUCAUGUAUACCCACGGCUUUUGGUGCCAUUUGCUUGAACUCGUCUGGUUUACAGCUUUUCCAAUCGUCCCAUGCAUUGGAAAGUUUCUUCGAGAUUUUCGAGAAUCCCGAGCACGUGAGGAGCCUGAAAGACGACUCGCAUCUCGUUCGUUCACUGGGCACAACUUUCGAUGAAUUAGUUCGGCAUCAUCCUGCAAUAAAGUCAUCCAUUAUGACCGCAGUCAUUGUGAUGGUUGCUCGUGUUGCUCUUUUGUGUAAAAGUAAGGCGUGGUCGCAUGGGAUGGGAACAAAGCUGUGGACCGAAGACUUGCAGGGCAGAGCAUCGAUUUCGGGCGACCUAUUUGUCUUGUUCAGGGAAGUUGGACUGCCUCUCGACGGAUCUUCCACAGAUGCUGUUCAGAACCUUGGAGUUCCGGAGCUCAACGCUACGACGCUUCCCAACGGUGGCCACCUCACAAUGGGUGACCUAAACCAUAUCGUGCCGUCCUUGAACGAAUCCCUGGAACCCAAAGAUCAAGACGACAAUGGACUUACUGCGACGGAUUACAUUUAUCCUGUACUCCGAUUCCUCGGAGCAUUCUUCGAGAACCAAAGCAACUGCGCGUACUUCAUCGAAUCCGGAGCUGUCGAAUUCAUCUUGGAUUUCGCGACUUUGCAGAGUCUGCCCUUUGAUUUCCACAACACGGACGCCAAUCAAGAAUUAACCGUGCUGGUACACAUGCUUGUGGAAACCAAACCGCAUCUUGUCCUUCCGUCUCUCGUAAAUCGGGCGCAGUCUGUGGUGGAUAAUCUCUCUGGCUUCUGCUCCGAACCCAAGGACGCUGGUUUCUUCACGUCCCUAAUAAAGCCGCCACAAGAACAAGUGUCCGAAGAAAAAGGAAAAGAUGUGCUGAGUUUCUCCAAAGAGAACGGCACGUACUUCGCCAAAAAUAUGGGCGCGGCCUUGAUUUUGACCGAUUUACUCCGCGAAGUUUACUCCAUGCCGCUGUAUCAGACUCGGCAUCAUACUUCCGCUUUUCUCCAAGUAAACCUGGCUGAUCGAUAUACCUCGCUCGUGACGGCCCUAGGAAAACUGCAUGCGGCGUGUGUCUGGGAAGAAAUCUUACUUGAAAAGAAUAUUCCAGACACCUGGGAUCAAGCGACGAAAGUCCAAGCCGCCGGUAAUGCCAUGGAAACGUCGCAGGAUACUGCUGAGCCCUCCAACACAGGAGAAAGCUUAUCCCAGUCUACAACUGAGUCUCAAAUAGAAGGUAGUGACACUGCUCAGACUCCUGCCAAUCGGGAUCCCAAGGACAGCUCCUCAAAAGCUCCCGAAGGUGUCGCAUUCAAAAAUGUGCGGGCAUUGCGUUAUCUUCUUAGUUCGCUGCCCACUUCCAUAACGGGCUUUUACCACAACCUUGGCCUGGGACUUAUCGGAAAGAGAAAGGCAGAGUCCUAUCCGAGACAGAAUGCGAACAUGGUUGCUGAAUCUAUCGCAACGGCUGUUCUCAAUCAAUUACAGUUCAGUCCUCCGAACUCGAGCGAUAACCCGAAGCAUCGGUUCGCUUACCUGAUUGUCAUACUCUCAUCCUUUUCACAUCUGCUUUUUGAAGCAUCCGCCGAACGCCCUCAAGCGCAGUAUCUCACCCUCGUUCUGUUUGCGUUCAAGAGGAUUGGUGGUUUGGAAGCCAUCAAGCAUGUCUGUGAUGUUUUUAUCCAGGAGGUUAAAGCUCUGACGCCGCCCGAAUCCGUGUCUGAGUCUGAAAAGGAUGUCUCGGCCCGACUUACAUCUGCGUACGGAGGUAUCCGGAUCAUCUUCAAUUUCUUCUCUGGGCUCGCUUCUGGAAAGAACAUCAUCGAAUCCAGCCAGACGCAGGCCAUAACUUCCAGCAGUGACCGGGAGCGUGAACGAUCUGAUUACUUCCAACCCGGACAGUUCCUGGUGGACCUGCGGAUGGAAAUCUUGCCUAUGGUUCGGGAACAUUGGAACUCCGACUUCGCAACCCAGUCAUCAAGUUCAAUCAUAAAGUGCAUGGUUGAUAUCUUGCGGUCUUGCCUUGAUGGUGAAUAUGAGGUUGGGGCUGCUCGGCGCUCCGAAAAUCCCCCUGCAGUCAUGGAGGUGACUAGGAGAAAAUUCGUUGCCAAUAAGGACCGUGUUGUUUCUUUGCAAGAGAAAGGUUUUGACAAGGAGCUCGCUAAGGAGGCUGUAUACCGUUGCAAUAACGUUUCCGGUGCCGCUGAAGAAUACUGCAAGGCGCAGAACUGGUUGCGGGCCCCCCCAAGACUCCCUCCAUCUUCCAAUGACAUUGAAUCUAUGAGAUCUGGGGCAACGUCUGGCGGGGAGGCUCCCGAAGACACGAUGGACUCCCCAUUCUUCAAUAGUGGCCCUCUGGAGUCUUCUGCACUCGCCAUGCUCCUUUCACAAGCUUCCGAUCGAGGCGGCCAGCCCCGAGGAAGAAGUGCAGAGACCGGCACCGGCAAUGGCCCCGAGGUCCUUGCGCGGGCCCUUAAUGAUAUCCUGAACCAUGAGCGACCCGGCGAUAAUGACCGGGAGGGUCCUUCGAGCAGCAACCCAAGAAACUCCAAUUCUUCCGGUGCCCCGCCAUCCUCUGAGCCCACUAAUCGACCCGCAAGCCAGGAGUCGCAGCAACCCACCGAACAGCCUGCUCGACGAUGCGAAGUGUCCACCAUCGAGGAUUUGGAUGCGGAACGUGAAAAGGUUCGCUCCAACAUGAUCGAGCGUUGCUUGGAUGUUCUUAACGAGCAUCACGAUGUGUCGUUUGAGUUAUCGGAUUUGAUCUCCUCGGCCACAAGGAAGCACCGUGAUCCAGAGGGCUUCCGUAGGGAAGUUGGUGAAAUUCUUGUCCAGUCCCUAGUUUCUCUGCAGAUGGAGAACUUCCAGACUGCUGGGAAGAAAAUCGCCGCCUACGCUCACAUCCUGGCCUUGGUCCUUCAAGACAAAGACAUGUACAACGCUACGCUGGAAGAAUUGAAGGAUUACUUUGAGACUUUCCUUUCGUUUGUCAAGACUCCAAAGCCAGAACCGAACGAGUCUUUCCCUUGGAUUGGACAUGUGUUGCUCAUCCUUGAAAGAUUACUAUCUGACGACGCGCAGCCUCAGCAAAUUCGUUGGACACCCCCCAGUCUGGAUGACCCGAACCCGGAGGGUAAUGAGCCAGCACAACUGCAAGAGCCUCUCGUCUCGCAAGACCAAAAGACGCGGCUUUUUGAGGCGAUUAUUGAAAUUCUGCCGAGAGUAGGGAAGGAUGACGCAUUGGCGCUUUCGGUGUGCCGAAUUCUUGUGAUUCUCACGCGGCACCGCAGUAUCGCUACUAGUUUAGGAGAGAAGCAAAACUUACAGCGUCUAUUUGUCAUGGUCAAGCAGCUCUCUAGUGCUACGAACGCGAAGCUUCAAAGUGCAUUCAUGUUGAUCUUGAGGCACAUCAUCGAAGACGAGGACACCAUCCGGCAAAUCAUGAGGAGCGAGAUUGUGGCUAAUUUUGAAGCCAAAUCGUCUCGUCAUAUCGAUACGACUAGUUACGUUCGCCAAAUGUACCACCUCGUGCUCAGAUCACCAGAAAUUUUCGUGGAAGUGACCAACGAGAAGCUGAAGCUGAUGCGAUACGAUUCGCAUCAGCGCCCCCAGACACUCGCCUUGAAAUCCGAUCCAUCCUCAAAGUCCUCGUCUAGCCAAGAAGGGGACAAUCAGAAGCCUUCUGUGGAUGAGCUGGCGUCUGAGGACAAGGACAAGGACAAGGACAAGGGUAAGGGUGCUGAGCUGAAGCCACCAGUCGUCGAGAACCCGGACGGAGUCAUUCACUACUUACUCUCGGAGCUCUUGUCCUACAAAGAUGUUGACGACAAAGAGCAACCGGCUGAGACUUCACAGCAGCCUGGACAAGACCAGUCUGCAUCUCAGACUGAAGUCGAAAUGGCAACAGAUGAACAAUCCACUCCCGCCUCAGGGGCUGACGCUCAGGCGAACCGCGAUUCCAAGAAGCCAGAGAAGCCGGCGUUCAAAGCGGAUGAGCAUCCGAUCUACAUUUACAGGUGCUUCCUUCUCCAGUGUCUGACGGAACUGCUUUCGUCGUACAACCGAACGAAGGUUGAAUUCAUCAACUUCUCUCGCAAGGCAGAUCCUCUUGCCACGACACCGUCAAAGCCUCGCUCGGGUGUCCUCAACUACCUCCUGAACGCUCUCAUUCCGAUCGGUACCAUGGAGCACGACGAAUCUGUGACUUUCAAGAAGCGAAACAACACGUCUUCAUGGACAUCGCGCGUGCUUGUUGCAUUGUGCACCAAGACCGGCGAAUUUGGUGGAACUCCAAAACGGCGCAGUGAGCAAAAGCUCAACGAAGAAGAUGAACCGGAACUUGCUUUUGUCCGCAGAUUCACCCUUGAGCAUGCUUUGCGUUCCUACAAAGACGCUAAUGCGUCGAACGAGCCUUUGGAUUCCAAGUACUCGAAACUGAUGUCACUUGCUGACCUGUUUGACAAGAUGCUCAGCGGGUAUACAUUUGUUUCGGGGGAUUCGGCGUACCCAGCUUCGACAAGACACCUUGCGAAGACCAUGUUUGAGAAGAAUUUUAUCAACGCCCUCACUGCUUCAAUCGCAGACGUUGACCUCAACUUCCCUGCUUCCAAGCGCGUUAUCAAAUACAUCUUGCGGCCUCUCAACAAACUCACGCAGACUGCUGUUAUUUUGAGUGAGACCUCAGAUAUUUCUACCCUCGGGGAGACUGAGGAAGACGAGAUUUCCUCCGCAACAUCGGUUUCGGACAUCGACGACGAACGUGAAGAGACCCCUGAUCUUUUCCGCCACUCCACCUUAGGCAUGCUCGAGCCUCGUCAUGAGGAAGAAACAAGCUCCGAGGAGUCUGGCGAGGAAGACGAUGACGAGAUGUAUGAUGACGAAUAUGACGAAGAAAUGGACUACGACGAAGACAUGCCCGAAGACGACGGUGAAGUGGUUAGCGACGAGGAUGAUGAAGAGGGCGUCGGGCCCAUUGAAGGCCUUCCUGGUGACACCGGCGAAAUCACCGGCGAUCAUGAUAACGAAAGUCUGGAAGAAGGCGAAGAUGAUGACGACGAAUGGGAAAGCGAAGAAAUUUCCGAAAAUGACGAAGAGGCCGAGAUGAUGGAUCAGUUCGAAGAUCAAUUGGCCGACAUUCGACAGACGGACCCUCACGGUGAUGGUCAGCGAUUUGAUGAUUUGUUCCGUGUCCUGAAUGAGGCUGCCGGAGGAAUGGAUGACCUCCAAGAUGAUGGUCUUAUGGGGGAGAUGCAUGAUGAUAUUGUUGAUGAUAUGCAGGAGGACGAAGAUGAUGAAGGAAUUGAUGAAUUUGAGGAGGAUCUUGGCGACGAUGCCGAUGACGACCAAGGGUCAUACCAGGGCGUCGACGAAGAUGACGAUAUGCUUGACACUUGGGACAUAGAUGGUGAUGACCUUCCAUUGCCACGUGGUGGACAACCUCCCCGGUUUGGUGGCGGUCAACCAACGUGGGCUGCUGUUACCGGAUUUAUGCCCGGUCGUAACGGUGGACUUGUUCCCAUUCAGCCUUAUCGACUCCACCGAGCUCAAGCACCCACAAGCACCAAUAAUGAUGGAACCAACCCUUUGCUUGUUCGCAGCGAUCGUGGGGCUGAACAGGCCGCCCCAGCCAAUGCGGGUGCUGAGGCUUUCUCCGACUGGGUGCAUGGCAUUGAACAACCUCCUGCGGGACGCAUGCUCCAGAUGGAUAGCCCUGUCAGCUUCAUGAAUGCCAUUCUACAGGCCAUUGGUGGACAAGGUGCACCGGGCUUUGGUGUCAUCACUCGCCCCGAGGGUAUCCAACUUCAUGUUGAUCAACGGGCUAUUCUGCCAAAUCAAGUUCAGGACAUCUUCGGUUUAGGUAGACCACAAGCACCUCCGACUCGUCCAAGGGACGAUCCAUCUCAAGCAGUCAGCUUCGCUCUGGAUACCACUAGGAACCGCUGGCAAGAGGAAGCCGGCAUCCUGUUCAGCAACACCUAUGUGGAGAAAACACAACGCGUUAUCAACUCUCUUCUCAAGAUUCUCGUUCCUCCUGCCAUUGAAGAAGAGAAGAAGCGACUCAAGCAACUGGAGGAAGAGCGCAAGCGACGCGAGGAAGAGAGGGCAGAAAAAGAGCAUCAAGAGCGUAUUGCCAGGGAAGAGGAAGAGAAAGAGCGAAAGCGACAAGAGGAAGAAGAGAAUGCCAAACGGCAGCAGGAAAGGGAGCAGCAGGAAGCCGAACGACAGGCCGCUGGAGAGGCUGCAGAGCCGAUGGAUGAUGUUCAACAAACUGAAUCCGCUGCAGAAGCUGCUGCUGCCCCUGAGUCUGGUCCGGCUGAGCCCGUUCAACGGGUUACGACGACAAUCAGAGGCCGCGAGCUUGACAUUACGGGGAUGGAGAUCGACCCGGAGUACCUUGAGGCUCUACCCGAAGACUUGAGGGAAGAGGUUAUCAUGCAGCAGGUCGCCGAGCAGCGCUCGCAGGCUGCCGCAGCGGGCGAAGAACCGAGUGAGAUCAACCCUGAAUUUUUGGAGGCAUUGCCUGAUGAUAUUCGCGAGGAACUGCUGCAACAAGAAGCCGCAGACCGCCGUCGUCGGGAACGUGAUAAUGCACGUAGACAGGCCGCAGCUGGUGCCGGUGCUGGUGCCGGUGCCGGUGGUCCGUCUCAUACCGAAGAACUCGAGACUCCCGCUGGGUUCCUGGCUACUUUGGACCCCAUCUUGCGACAGUCCAUCCUUGCCGACCAACCAGAAGAAGUCCUGGCGACUCUGGGUCCAGAAUAUGUCUCCGAAGCGCGUACUCUUCCAGGGAGACGGUUGGCUCAAUUUGGCGAUAUUCCCCGACUUGAUCGACACAGGGAUGAGCCAAAUGAGGAACCAGAGGAGCAGAAGAAGCCGCAGCGGCGACAGAUCGUGCAAAUGCUCGACAAGGCCGGUGUUGCAACCCUCCUCCGAUUAAUGUUCAUGCCUUUGCAAGGCAACGCGCGCCAUCAACUGAACGACAUUCUCCACAACGUCUGCCAGAAUCGCCAGAACCGGAUGGAGGUCAUCAGUCUCCUCUUAUCCGUGCUGCAAGACGGUAGCGUGGAUGUCUCGGCCAUUGAACGUAGCUUCGCGCAGCUGUCACUUCGUGCCAAGGCUCCUGCAGUGCAGAAGACACCUCAAUCUAUCAAGCGAAACCUGUUCUUCCAGACAUCUUCGAGCGUGAGCAGUGAGGUAACUCCGAUUAUGGUGGUGCAACAAUGUCUGUCGGCUCUUUCUUUCCUGUCGCAGUACAACCCCCAUAUCGCAUGGUUCUUCCUCACCGAGCAUGAUCCCUCUACGUUGAAACUGAAGGCUCUUCGAAAGGGCAAGGGCAAGGAAAACCGUGCGAACAAGUUCGCUCUGAAUGCUCUGCUUUCUCUUCUUGACCGGCAGUUGAUUAUGGACAGUCCAAACUGCAUGGAACAGCUUUCAAGUCUUCUUAGCAGCAUCACACAUCCUCUCAACUUGCUUCUUCGGCGCGAGAAGGAGAAGCAAGAAGAGGAGAAGGAGAAAGAGAAGGGCAAGCAGCCUGAGCAACCUCAAGAAGAGCAGCGCCUGGCAGAACAAGAACAGGCGCAGCCUUCCGAAACAACUGAAUUUCCUGGCUCUGGUGCCGAUGCGACCAUGACAGAUGCUCCUCUCCCAACCGUGGAGACCACCGAACCGCAAGGUGCAGAGUCUGCGCAGGCCGAAGACGACACAUCCGCAGAGGCCAACAAGCCGGACAAGGCCAAGGAACCUUCGGGAGACGAGAAGCACAAGCGGAAAACCAUCGAACCUCCUGUCAUCCCUGAUUACAACUUACAACUAGUCGUCCAUAUCCUUGCUGCUCGUGAAUGCAACGGGAAGACGUUCAGGGACACGCUCUCAACCAUCAAUAAUCUGUCAGCCAUUCCCGGAGCGCGUGAUGUGAUUGGAAACGAACUUCUCAGCCAGUCUAGAAGGCUGAGCACCACGAUCUUGACCGACUUGGAUGAGUUGUUGCCUCAUAUCCACCAGGCUCGGACUGGUACCGACAUGCAAGGAUUGGCACUAGCGAAAUUCUCUCCAGCUAGCUCCGAUCAGGCGAAGCUGUUGCGUGCUCUAACGGCGCUUGACUACCUAUUUGACCCUAACCGUAUCGACAAGACCAAGCAAAACGAGCCCGAAUCUGCUGCUAAGGAAGAUGUUCUCCAGAGCUUGUACGAGACCUCUACAUUUGGGCCCCUCUGGACUAAGCUGAGCGAAUGUUUGACCGCUAUUCGGAUGAAGGAGAAUAUGCUGAACGUGGCUACUAUUCUUCUCCCAUUGAUCGAAGCCCUGAUGGUUGUUUGCAAGAACACGACUCUGAAGGAGACUUCUCGGAACAGCCGGGAAUUGUCUGUGUCUAACACGUCUAUCGAUGCCAACAUGGGUAUAGAGAAUCUGUUCUUCAAGUUUACUGAGGAACAUCGCAAGAUCCUCAACGAACUGGUUCGCCAGAACCCCAAGCUCAUGAGCGGCUCCUUCUCUUUGCUCGUCAAGAACCCCAAGGUCCUCGAGUUCGACAACAAGCGCAAUUACUUCACCCGGCGAGUCCAUUCCCGUGGCGCGGAGCCCCGUCAACCUCAUCCACCCCUUCAACUCUCUGUGCGCAGAGAUCAGGUGUUCUUGGACUCCUUCAAGUCUCUGUAUUUCAAGACGGCAGAUGAGUUGAAGUAUGGCAAAUUGAACGUGCGCUUCAUUGGCGAAGAGGGUGUCGACGCAGGUGGUGUAACGAGAGAAUGGUUUCAAGUUCUUGCGCGCGGCAUGUUCAACCCCAACUACGCGUUGUUUAUCCCAGUCGCUGCCGACAGCACAACCUUCCAUCCUAAUCGCCUGAGUGGAGUCAACUCGGAACACUUGAUGUUUUUCAAAUUCAUCGGGCGGAUCAUCGGUAAAGCUCUCUAUGAGGGUCGCGUUCUCGACUGCCACUUCAGCCGAGCGGUGUACAAGUGCAUUCUCGGAAGAAGCGUGUCUAUCAAGGACAUGGAGACACUUGACCUCGAUUACUACAAAUCUCUCCUCUGGAUGCUCGAGAACGAUAUCACCGACAUUAUCACGGAGACCUUCUCCGUGGAGACGGAUGACUUUGGAGAGAAGCAAGUGAUCGACCUGAUCGAGAACGGUCGCAACAUCCCUGUUACCCAAGAGAACAAGGAAGAAUACGUGCAGCGUGUGGUUGAUUACCGCCUGCUCAGAUCCGUCAAUGAGCAACUCGAUAAUUUCCUCAAGGGCUUCCAUGAAAUCAUCCCACCAGAUCUUAUUUCCAUCUUCACUGAGCAGGAGCUCGAACUGUUGAUUUCCGGUUUGCCCGAGAUUGAUGUGGACGACUGGAAGGCCAACACCGAGUACCAUAACUAUUCAGCGUCCUCGGCCCAGAUCCAAUGGUUCUGGCGUGCAGUGCGUUCCUUCGACAAGGAAGAGCGUGCCAAACUGCUCCAGUUUGUCACUGGAACCAGUAAAGUGCCACUCAACGGCUUCAAGGAACUCGAGGGUAUGAACGGAAUCAACAGGUUCAACAUCCAUCGCGACUACGGUGACAAGGAGCGCCUGCCUAGCUCGCAUACAUGCUUCAACCAGCUUGAUCUCCCAGAAUACGAAAGCUACGAAACACUCAGGCAGCGCCUGUAUACAGCAAUGACGGCUGGCAGCGAAUACUUUGGGUUUGCAUAG